CACAUUGUGAUAGUCUGUUCAUCGACCUAUUCAAAAGAAUGUCAUAUUAAGUUAGCUGUCUAAUACUAUCUUGAACAAAUAAAAACAGAAAUUAAGAGGCUCACUAUUUGACGGCUAGGUUACUUUAGUAUGUUAAGCACAAUCGUAGCUGUUUCCACUUACUUUUUCCACCUUUCGGUGCACUCCGUCAUAACACGAGUUUUAUUCACAUAUGUUUCCUUGUAAUUUUUCGACUUUAUGACUGUGAAAAUUCUUUGACUUUGGUCGGGAAAAGCCGUGGACUAAUCUAUUCACUUUGUUUUAAAACUUAAGAAUUGUACUUAUAUUACUGCUUCACCUUGACAUAUACAUUUCGUUGGCACAUUUUAAUAACUCAUAUUCUUUUAUAUCUCAAGCUUGUUUCGCAGAUUUUGCACGUCCGAAACCACUCCUAGAGCUGUCCGUUGUUACGAAACUUUGUAGUUAUUAUCAAACAACGAACGUCGGUAAAGUUUGAAAUUCAUUAAUCUCUCAUCCUAAGGAAGAAUUAACUGAAGGUCGAUGUUUAAAACUUUAUGUUCGACCGAGUUCCCAAUGAAAUAUGGGAUAUGGGAUUCAAGCAGCGGGUCCUUGUUUCAAAUAUGAGGCGGAUAUGUUGGAACGAGUCCAACGCCGCGGGACAAAAAUAGUAAAAGGCCUAUCUUAUGAAGACAGACUGAGACACCUCAACUUAUUUCCGUUAUCUUACCGGCGAAUACGGGGUGAUCUAAUAUUGGCAUAUCGUAUCCUGAACGAUGACCUUGGUACUAACAUGUCCUAUCUUUUCCUCCCGUCUAGGGCUGAUCAUUUGAGAGGACAUUCAAAGAAAGUCCAAAAACCGAGAUCAAAUCGUCUACGUCUGGAGUUUCGUUUCUCGCACCGAGUAGUGAAUUAUUGGAAUCCUCUACCAGAACACGUAAUAUCAGCACCUUCUGUUGAUAUAUUCAAGACGAGAUUGGACCUCCACAGUGUAACAAACUGCAAGGAUUAAAAUAGGUCACUAGACCUCCUAUCCUUAUUACUGAAGACUGAAAGUAUCGUAAUGUCUUUUAGGGAAGUUUCCGACUCUGAAUCGUGACCUUUAAGUGACGCUAAACUGACCUUGAGAUUGUUCAACUAAUAACUAGGACCAAGCGAGGGUUAUAAAGCAGUGUGAUGAAUUAGAAUUAUAAGUUACGGUUGGCGGUCAAGGUUAAGAAUUUGAUCUAGGGUUUCCAUCACGUACUGACAUCAGCUAUGAUGCCAAAACUUUAUUAGACAAAUGGAUGAGUGAGUCUCGCGCCAAAAUCCGAGACCUGUUAUCCUAAAUCUUGAUAAUUCUCCCACAAAUUAUAGUCUCGUUCCCUCGCCGUAUACCACCGAAAACAUAUGCAACAUAUAACUUCGCCCUGCGUUAUCACUGUUACCUCCGGAAUUUAUCUGUGAUUAUUAUCAAACAGCACAAAAUAAUAUGUUAAAGUUGUUGUCUUCAAAUCAUACGUGUCUUCGAAGCAUUGCUCGUACAUCCGAGACCACCGAUUAAGUAAUGCAGUUGUUAGAAAACGGGUAUGCCUCUGGCAUGUCUCAUAUAACAUAUUGUACGUCUAAGGUUAGCGAAGAUACGGUCAUAUUGUAUCAUAUUAUUAGCAUUCCGUUUCACCUAGAAUAUCGAUAAUAUAUUUCAGCACAGGUACACUUUAGGGGAUACCCACUUGUGAUAAAAUAAGAAGUGGUACGCACAAAUUUCGUCCAAACAUUUUCAUUGUUGGAAUAAAAUGGUUAGGGGACUCUUUACUGGGAGCAGCGGUAACAGCAUACUCUUCCGUAUCUUUUAAAGGGACUCCUGACGUUUACUUUAGUUCUGUAGGUACCAUAUGAGACCACACUGGGUGUUCCUCUCCAGUUAAUCCUAUUAGGUGUUAGCUGCUUUUACUUUCACCUUGAAGGGGUUAAAAUAAUUACCCCCGUCUUAAACAGGAAACAGAUUCCUGACACCCGGACACUGAUCCCAUAGUACAAUCAAUUCUCCGAAACUGUUAAACAAAAUGAGAAGUUUGAAAGUUUGCAGAUUUACAAUGAAUCAUUGAGAGUAGUAUUGCUUAAUGUGUGUGUUACCAAACCUUUCCAAUUCGGAUAUUUUAAGUGACUGUCUGUGUUUGAUCACCGUUAUCUCCGAAUGAUUGCUGAUAUCCAAUAACAACACUGUCUUAGUAAUGCAGUGGUUCGGCAAUGUGUUCGAACACAUUGAUGAUAUUUAAAUUGUUUCACCACCUUGAAACACUGACUUUGGUGACUUGGACAUGUACUAUGAUUUUCCUGUCAGCAAAUUUCACGUUGUGCAAUAUUUACUGAUGCUAGAACUAGUUGCAAAAUGCGUAGAGGUAGUCAGUGCUUGAUAUGAUGUAGUAUAAAAGAAAGCUAUGCAAGACUGGCUUCUGUUCGUCCUUCACAACUCCCUAGUUUGAGUCCCAGAGAUGGUGCAAUUCGAUGGCUUGGAAUGUUAUCAGACAUGGCUCAGAAUACAAGGCAGUGGCGAUCCUGCUGUAACUUUUUUUACUUCAUAAAAGCUAGAAUAACUAACAGGAUCCUUUUUGGUUGUGUUCUUCCUAAAUGAACUGCUCCAUUCAUCCAUUAAUACUAUUAUUAUUAUUUCACUCUCAUACACUCAUUUCUAUUCAUUAUUGUUUUGUUUUCUUAUUAUGCUCACUUUCGUUUCUCCAUCUCUUCACAACCUCAUUUUUACUGUGUAGCGCUUAUUAUUUUGACGGACCCCUGUACCAAUGUUAUUGUGUUCAAGUGAUAAUAAUUAAUAGAAUAAGUAACAAAUAGUUCGUAAUUAUGUCGGCUAUCAAUAAAAAACCCGCUAAACCAUUCAAGCAAUUGGUUGUCAGUUUUCAAGGUUUCGAGCUUCAAUUAAAGCUAUUAUACCGCUCUUUACGGGAACAAUAGAAUUUGUCUUUGCUUGGAGUAACAAAGUAACCUGGGAAUUCUGUAUACAUUUCCUUAUCAGUUGUUUUAUGCGUGUUAACCAGAUAUAGUUAACGGGAUUUUAUCAUCUGGUAGCUUUGGUAAAAUAUCCAUUUUUAUGCUUAUUACCUGUUUCUGCUUUUAAACACAAAUCAUUUGUGUUUGAUUUUGGAUUUAUGAAUUUAUCUAACAUUAUUUUCACUCGUAAAAUUGAAAAUAAUCACAACUUGAGACAUUGGAAAAUCUCAUAGGUUGAACAACUGUUUCACAAACUCCAGAGGGGUUAAUGCUGACUUAGUACCUGGAUUUGUUUAUUAAGAUAUAUUGACUAAUUUGUGUAGCUCAAAACCUAGUGCACAAAUCUGUGGUUGGUUACUAAGCUGUGUUAUUGUCCUUUCAAUAAUUUUUCGGUGAUUUUUAUGUACAGCCAAUGUCGGUGACAUUGUCAUUCCUAGCUUGCUGUGCAAUCCCUAAAGAGUCAAUUGACGACCGUGAAAUCAUUAAAUGGCAGCAAAAACGUAACAGGGAAAUAGAAAAAGAACUGAAAAAGGAGAAAAGUCGUCUUCGUCAAAGACAGAUGAUCUUAUUAUUGGGCACUGGUGAAAGUGGAAAAAGCACUUUUCUCAAGCAAAUGAAAAUUAUUAAUGGAAAGCAUUUUACAAAUCAAGAAAUCGAACAGCUAAAAGAUAUUAUCUAUGAUAACAUAUACAAAGGUGUUUUAUUCCUACUCCAGGCACGGGAAAGUCUCAAUAUUCCAUGGGCUGGUGGACUUGGUUCUGCUGCUGCUCAGGCUAGUAGAGAAAUCGAGGCACAUUUUAAAGAAACUCGAAUGAUGCGCCGCGAGCGCUCUCGACUUGGUCAACCACUCUGGUUGGAAGAAGAAUUUCUGGAAAUUGUACCGUCACUGAAUGCAAUUUGGGAAGAUGAAAGUGUUCGAUUAGCAUUCGACCAACGUUCAAAAAUUAUUACAGAGAAUUUCAGUGAGAAUACACGCUAUUAUCUCAAUCGUUUAAAUCAUAUUGGUGUAGAAAAUUAUCGUCCAACUGAUGAAGACAUAGUUUGGUCACGUAAACCAACGGAAUCUAUAAUUGAAGAAGAAAUAAAUGUUCACUCAUCAUCACUUGUUUUUAUUGACGUUGGUGGGCAGACAAAAGAACGUCGUAAAUGGUGUCAAUGUUUUGCUGAUAUGACUUCUGUCCUGUUCCUUAUUGCUUCCAGUCAUUACGAUGAACAUUAUCAAGAUCGAUUAACUAAAGAAUUUCGAAAUAAAUUACAUGAAGCUAUGGUUGUUUUUGAAGGACUUAUCAAUCAUAUUGCUUUUAGACGUGUUUCCAUCAUUAUAUUUUUUAAUAAAACUGAUAUACUUAAAGAAAAGUUGAACUCACGUACAUCAAAUAUUCGUGAUGAGUUUCCUAAUUACCCUGUGAAAAUGGAUCCAUUCCGUCUGCAAGAUGUUCAAACAUUUAUGGUUGAAGUAUUUGCCUCUCUUGUCAAUCACAAUUUUCCAUCAGAUACUCAAGCUCGUUCAAGUCUUUCACACUCAUCAUUCAAUAAUACUGUUAAAUGUUCAUCUCUUCAUAGACAAAACUCUGUACCUAUGUCCACUAACGUAACAUUCACAGCCCCUGUACGAAAACGUAUGGUCUAUCGUCAUUUCACAACUGCUGUAGAUAGGCGAAAUAUCGAAACGGUAUUCAAUGCUAUGCAAGAUACAGUAUUGCAAAAUAAUUUACGUCGUAUCAUGAUGAGCUAAAUACAUAUAUAUAAAGUUCAUAUAUUUGGACUACAAAGUGUUUACUUCCAUUUUCUGCUUUGGUUUAUUAUGUUGUUUGCGCCCUUGGAUCUCAGUGAACAUAAUAUCUAUACCUUCCAAAAAUUAAAUAAAAGUUUUAAUUUUCUUGCUAACAUUGUCUGUGCCAAAUUCAAAUUACCCCCAAAAUCACCCCUACUGCUAAUAAGAAAUGCACCCUUUUUAUUUCAUAUUUUCUUAGCCAAUCAUUGUCUUUCAUACUACUCAAUUCUUUAUUACAUAAAUAUAUGUGCUUUCUGAGUUUCGAUUUAUUCUCCGCGCAUUUGCCUAUGUUGAGCUUACAUAUAUAAACACAAGACGUUAAUGGUACGACAAUCUAUCGAUUAUAUAUAGGUGAUUUAUUUCAUUUGAUUUGUGUAGAUAAUAUACUUUAUUUUUCUAUAUAUAUAUAUAUAUAUAUAUAUAUAUAUAUAUAUAUAUAUAUAUAUAUAUAGUGAUGUAAAUUUCAGUUUUCCUACAUGAAGGGACUGGAAAAUAAAGAGACAAUGGUCCGUAUUCUGGAGCAAUACUUGUUGAUAAUGGGUAAAUUCCCCAAUCGUUUUUAAGGCACGAUGCUCGUUCAUAUGUUUUGUUUUUAGCCAAUUCAUAUUUCAAUUGUUGUAAAUCGUGUGUUUUAUUUUUUUUGUUAUAAAGCAAGCUUUUUAUACUUCAGAUUUAUUUGCGUAUAAACGCAUGUUUACCUUACUGUAAUUAUAUUUGGUGUACCUUAAUUCAAGGGUUGAUCACGUAAUGAAUAUUUAUAUGACUUCAGUUAUGUUAAAUAAUUUUGUCUCUGAAAACAAAUUUUGACGUACUAUGAGAAAAAUCGCAGUUUUUAAUGUGACUAGAAGAAUAUGUAGCGCUUGGGAAUGGCUUGAUUUAAAUAGUUUUCAUUGUGGAUCGGAGAACCACUGGAAGCCACGGAGUGAUAGAUAACUAAUUCAAUCAGUCCGUAGUGAAGUCAUAAUUAUCUCCACAAAGGAGCCGUCUAAACAAUCUGUAAAUGUUAGUCGCAUAGUGAUAUAACUUUAAGACUCCCGUGAAUCGAUCAACAAGGACAGUUGACUGAAGGUAUUAAUUAUAGUUGAGGAUUCGAUGGAAAGUGAAACAACAGUAAACAUAAUCCAACUUAUGAAAACAAGAGAAAUGUUAAUUAUGAUAGUUAGGAAAGUUGAAUCUUCACUAGUUGUAUGUACCUUGGACGAUCCUAUCCGGACU